AUGAUUUCAUUUUUUAUACUCACUUAUGUGUUUUAUUCAUUAUACUCGUUCACACUCACUGUAAAAGGCGACACGUGUGACACCUACAAUCAUCCUCAGUAUGGUGUUGGACAAUGUAUCAAUGAAACUCUAUGUCCCAAUGCUCUGUACAUGAGCGGUUUAUGCGAAUCAAAACCAACUGAUAUCAAAUGUUGCUUUUCGCUAGAGCCACCAAAAGAAGAAUUUCGCGCUGCUUGGAUCGCCACCGUAGCUAAUAUUGAUUGGCCAUCGUCAAGAACUGCAACACCAGCCCAACAACAGACUGAAUUAAUCAAUAUUCUCAAUACUAUUCAAACACUAAAUAUGAAUGCUGUAGUCUUUCAGGUACGACCAGUGGGUGAUGCAUUGUAUGCUUCAACGUUGGAACCGUGGAGCUUUUAUUUGACGGGCACGCACGGUAAAGCCCCAUCACCAUUAUGGGAUCCAUUGACAUUCAUUGUCAAUGAAGCACAUAAACGCAAUAUUGAAGUACACGCCUGGAUAAAUCCAUACCGUGGUCGAAUGUCAGGUGCAACAUAUGAAUUUGCAUCUAACCAUAUGGCUAAACGAUUUCCAAAGUAUGCCUACACAUAUAAUAAUUAUAUAUGGAUGGAUCCAGGUGCAGCUGAGGUCCAACAGUUCAUUGUCAAUGUAACUGAAGACAUCGUUCGUCGAUAUGCUGUGGAUGGUAUUCAUAUGGAUGAUUAUUUCUAUCCCUAUAGUGAUGGAACAGAUUUUCCAGAUGCUUCAACAUAUACUGCAUACCAACAAUCCGGUGGCAAAUUGAAUAAAAGUGACUGGCGUCGUUCAAGUGUAAAUACACUAGUACAAACCAUGUACACACGAAUGCAUGCCAUUCGACCAAAGGUUAAAUUCGGCAUAUCACCGUUUGGUAUUUAUAAGAAUGGUGUACCGGCUGGUAUAACAGGUCUUUCAUCCUUUGACAGUUUAUAUUGUGAUACGAAAAUGUGGCUAGAACAAGGACUAGUUGAUUAUAUGACACCUCAGCUCUACUGGCAGAUUGAUCCGCCAGCACAAUCUUAUUCCGCUCUUUUGAAUUGGUGGAUACAACAAUCAGCCAAAGGUCGACAUGUCUAUCCAGGCAAUGCAGUUUACCGAAUUCUUCCAACUGGUCAUAACUGGCCAGUGAAUGAAAUUGUCCGUCAAAUCAAUAUCACUCGUUCAAUGCGUGAUCGCUUAGCACUCGGCAACGUAUUUUACUCGGUAAAACAAAUUAUGCAAAACGUUAAAGGUAUUCAAGCUGAACUUGCUAAACUUUAUACACAAAAGGCCAUCAUUCCAAAGAUGAGUUGGUUAUAA